AUGCAUCCUCCUCCAUUACCUCCAAAGCCGCCUGCUGAGGUCAUCAACAGACGGACCCAGGUGACGGAUGAGUUCAGAACCAAACUACCUGAGCGAGUAUCGUCGCUCGUGGACAAGCGACCGUCCUAUCACCCGCAAGGACCACGCCAGCUCAACUCGGACGCGCCACAACAGACCAAUCGGUACCUGGGCGUCUACUCUUCGCCGCAAGCGCCAAACUGGAGAGAUGAAGAGAGAAGCGUGGAAAGAAGCAACACAGAUUCGUCUGAUAGAACGAGCGGCAGCGCCACCGACCGUGCCAGCUACUCAUCUUACUCCACCGACCGAACCAGUAUCCACGGCGGCGUCUCUGGCUACUACAACGACCCCAACAAUGGCAACAACAUUGGCACCGACUACGAUAAGUUCUGGGCCCAACAGUACUCGGACGUUAGCCGGACCAGCAGCAUGCAGUCGUGGCGGCCCGACAGCGAACGACCGCCACCUCUGCCCCUCAAAAAACCCGCAUUGAACACCUCUCACAGAUCUAAUCCCGCGUCUCCAGGACGAGCUCACUUCUCACAACAAAACACAAACACGCCCCCUCCACUGCCACCACAGAUUCCCAUCUACGACACAUACAUGGAGCAGCAAGCAUAUGAGGACUACCUGGAAAAUGGGUUCUACGACCAGCAAUCACUAUAUCGUACCCCCGAGCCCCAGCACCCUGCGCGUCACUUUACUCCGUCCCCAAACGCCCAGGACAGAUACCAGAUCCCUCCGCAUUUGAGUCCAGGCCACAGCUCGUACCAACCGCCAGCUGACCUGCCUGCAUUGGACACCAACGACUGGAGCCAUGUGGCGUCUGCAUACGAAACAGACAACAUGUAUCCGGACCAUGCAUACGAGUCUCCGGUGCGCAUGCCUGUGGCAGAUGCCUACAUGUCGCCUGGGAGUCCCAGUCCGUUGAAAACAGAGACAUACUCGCCUGCUCCGUCUCAGCAAUCACCUCUGCAUCACCACUCUUCGCAGUCGUCUUUGAACUACAUGACGUCUCAGUCGUCUCCCUUGACUCCCCAGCAGUGUUCGGAACGAGAUUUGGCUCUAAGAAUGGAGCGACUGGAUAUGCGUCCUGCCAUGGAACGAUUGGAGCCUCGUCCUAUGGUCGAUCGAAUUGAUAUGCGCCCCUCCAUGGACAUUCGACCAGUCGAUAUGCGACCCACACUGGAGAAACGCAUGAGUUUGCCCAACGGAAUGCCCAAGUACCAGCCAAUGUCACCUUCUGUGUCCCCGUCGCGGUUCAACUCUAUGCCCAACAAGCGACCUGUACCUGUAUCUGCAGGAAACACUCCCGUCAAGCAGCUCGACAUUCCCGAGUACGAUAUUCUGUCGGACAGUAUGCGGUCGGAUACCGCCUGGGUGGAGCUGGAUCUCCCGUCCAUUCCUACACGACCACAGGUGGAUCUCUCAAACGUGACGUACGCAUGUCCUGAGAUGUGGUCGCUGUCUGGCGUUCGAAACUGGAUCCGUCCUUUCUUCACAGGCGACAAGGAGGUGCCUGAGAAGGAUUUGCAUACGGCCGUUUCGAAUCUCUUUGCCGCCAACAAGACCAUGUCUCCUGUUUAUGCUGAACAGUACGCCAAACACGUAAUCGGAGCCCUUGGACGAGGCGACGUGCUUCGACAUGAUGAGGAGAGAGGCUCUUAUAUGUUCAGCGACGAAGGUGUCGUUUCAGGAGUUAUCCCAGCCCUCACCCUGUGCUAUAGCAAGUCGUCGCAUGACUCUGGAUACACUUGUUAUUCCACAAAGUGCCCAUAUGAGUCCGACACUCGGAAACGAGAGGACAAGAAGCGCACCGAAUCUACAUCCUCUGACCAGAUGGACUGGGCGCAGUACUGGGAGCUCACCGAUGACCAGCUGGCUCGUAUUGACCCCCGAGAAAUCAAGCGGCAGUACGCCAUGCACGAACUCAUCGUGGGAGAGGAGCACUUCAUUCGUGACCUGGAGAUUCUGCACAACGUCUACGGCGAAUCUCUCAAGUCACACAUGCCCGACAAGCAGUUUCGGGACAUGUUUGCUGUUCAGGAUAUUAUCCAGUGUUCCAAGGAGCUGCUCCAGGGCCGUCUCAAGGCCAGACACAUUAUUUUUGUGACUGGUAUUGCCGACAUCAUCAUCGAGUGGAUCAAGGUUGCUCGUCCACACUUUCUUGCCUAUGCGAACCGGUACUUGCAUGCUGACCGGCGUAUUCGAAAGGAGCGCGAAGACAAUGUUUUGUUUUCUCAGUGGCUGGGCGACAUGUCGAAGGACCCUCGGACGCUCGGAAAGCCCUACUCGAUCUACUUUCAUCGAGUUAUCCCCCGUCUGGCUCGAUAUUCGCUUCUUUUGGGCACCAUUUCGAAGCAUACUACCAACGAGAUGGAAUUGGAGCUUCUAUCACGUGCUGUCGCCGAGUGUGAUGACGUCACUCGACAAUGUAACAUGGUGAUUGGCAACGUCGAAAAGCAGGUGGAGCUGUUGGAUCUCAAGAGCCAGUUUGUGUUUAAGCCCGACUGUGGUGCUGAUCUGAAGCUUGAGAGCACUCAGCGAAAGAUUAUGCGACGAGGUGACGUACAGCGAAAGUCCGACUACGGCUUUGAGUGGAUUGACGCUCAUCUGGUGCUGUUGGACAACUUUUUGGUGCUGUGCAAGCAUCAGACAGGUCAGCAUGGUCCCAAAUUGUAUGUGACGAAAAAACCCAUUCCUCUGGAGCUAUUGUGCGUUGAGCAGAUUGACGAGGCCGAGCAGCAGACCAAGGGCCGAAUUCACAACAUCACGUCGCAUGUUCGAGAAGUCAGAGACAAGCGAAUGAGUUUCAUUGGCGGAGAUCAUCACAGCAGCAGCUCCUCCAACCCCGGAGCAGUCACCGUGCUCAACGAGGACUCCGAUCAGACCACGUAUCCUUUCCGAAUUCGCCAUCUCGGCCAGAACAUCACCUACACCCUGUUCUGUCCGUCUUCUCUUGAUCGAGACAGAUGGCACACUGCCAUGGUCGAGGCCAAGCGUCAGUACUCCAGCAAGGUGUAUGCCAAGAACGCCGAGCCCUUCCGGCUGACAGUUCUGUCAUAUCUCGACUUUGGAUACGAGAUUCCUGUUCGCCUGGCAGUCCCUAACAAUGCCUCUACUCUCCAGAGAGCCAUUGAAAAGGCCGGUAUGGCCGGCAAGCCGCAUCUGAAGACCCAACCGUCUUCGACCAGCAUGACUACUCGAAGCAAGGUCAACUGUGCUACGUCGUUCAUGUUUGAUUCGCGUGAAUUCGUUUUUGUCGGCACAGAUUACGGUGUUUUUGUGUCCGAGUUAUCUCCCGAGACCCGUCACAAGGGCGGAAACAACAAGUACAAGCGGUGUGUCGACUUGCACAAGGUGACUCAGAUUGGCGUGAUUGAGACACUCAACUUGGUUAUUAUCCUGUGCCACCGUGGACUAAUCUACUACCAUCUGGACCAACUGCUCAACCGAAGCAUGACCAAGGAUGCGGCCACCCCCAUGGGCUACAAGUUGUCUUCCUCUGCGUCCUUUUUCACCAUUGGCAAUAUGAAGAACCGAACCCUGGUAUUCUACAAGUCUCGCGAGGGUCUCAACUCGGUGUUCAAGGUAUUGGAGCCCAUUCGGCAAAAGGGCUCUCAGAAGAAGCGAUCUCGAAUGUCGCUGUCUCGGUUCUCGUCGCAUAUUGGGUCCACCGAGUACUUCAGGGACGCUGAGCGGUUCUACGUGCCGUCCGAGUGCUGGGGCAUCUCCGUGUUCAAAAACUACUUUUCGGUGCACUGUACCAAGGGAUUCGAGGCCAUGAGUCUGGAUUUCAAGGUGCCUCGAACACUACCCAUCAUCUCUUCUGGCUCCACUGACCUCAGAAAGCGACUAGAAGGACUCAGGCCCCUGGCCAUGUUCCAGAUCUCGGACUCCAAGUUCAUGCUCUGCUAUGACGAGCUGCUGGUGUACACGGAUCACUUUGGCAACCUGGCCUCCAAGCCCAUUCCCAUCAUGAUAAAGGCCAAGGCCGUGGCACUUCAACAUCCCUACCUGGUGAUUGUGGACGACGAGAUGGCCGAGAUUCGGCACAUUGAUGGUACUCUCAAGCAGGUGAUUCCUGGCCAGGAUAUGCGGCUUCUCGACGACCACGAAGGCCAGAUCAAGCUGUGCAUGGCGAACCCCAAUAUUUACGGCCGCCAACUCAUUGUCGAGCUCAACACCAACGAGCUUAUUGUUGACGACGACGAUUCGUCUCUCACGGGAUUGUAA